CUAUAUAAAUGCGAGGAAAGAGCUAGAACACUCAAACCUGAAAAGAGAGAAAUGGAGAAGGCAACGAAAACUUCCACAGGACAUUGUUUAGUCUUAGCCUACCCUGCCCAAGGCCACAUAAACCCGAUGCUCCAAUUCUCUAAGCGCCUUCAAAACAAAGGUCUCAAAGUCACAUUUGUUACUACUAAAUCCCUCUCCAACACCAUUCACAAACCUUCAUCAUCAUCACCAUCCAUUGCACUUGAAACCAUUUCGGACGUCUAUGAUGAUUGUGAUCAAAGCCAGAGAGAGAACAUUGAAGCCUAUUUGGCUAUGUUUUGGGAUAUUGGGCCAAAAAGCCUUACAAAUCUUGUCCAGAGGCUGAACAAUUCAGUGUCAGAAUGUCCUGUUGAUUGUAUAAUAUACGAUGCGUUUAUGCCUUGGGGUCUUGAUGUGGCUGAAAAGUUUCAGCUGUUUAGUGCUGCUUUUUUUACUCAAUCUUGUGCUGUCGAUAGUAUAUAUUAUCAUAUCCACAAGAAGCUUAUUGAACUUCCUGUUUCAAAUUCUGAAAUUUUGAGGGUUCCUGGUUUGCCUCCACUUCAACUUCAAGAUUUGCCUUCUUUUGUUUCUGAUUUUGGGUCAUACCCUGCUUUUUUCGACAUGCUUGUGGAUCAGUGCUCUAAUAUUGAUAAAGCUGAUUGGGUUUUCUGCAACACUUUCUAUGACUUGGAAAAGGAGGUAGUAGAUUGGCUUGCCAAGAUCUGGCCAUUUAAAACAAUUGGACCAUGUAUACCCUCAAUUUACUUAGACAAGCAGCUUGAAAAUGACAAAGACUAUGGAAUCAGCAUAUUUAAGCCAAAUAACGAAGCUUGCAUGAAUUGGCUUAGUAAAAGACCAAAAGGGUCAGUUGCAUAUGUAUCAUUUGGUAGCCUUGUAGAUCUCAAAAUAGAGCAAAUGGAAGAGCUUUCCUGUGGAUUAAAGGGUAGCAAAAGCUAUUUUUUAUGGGUAGUAAGGGAAAAUGAAGAGGCUAAACUCCCAAAAAAGUUUAUAGAAGAAAAUUCAGAAAAGGGUAUAGUGGUAAAUUGGUGUCCACAACUAGAGGUCUUAUCACAUGAAGCAAUUGGAUGUUUUGUUACACAUUGUGGGUGGAAUUCAAGUUUGGAGGCAUUAAGUUUAGGAGUCCCAAUGGUGGCAAUGCCUCAAAGGACAGACCAAAGUACUAAUGCUAAGUACAUAAGAGAUGUUUGGAAAAUGGGAAUUAAAGUUAAAGUUGAUGAGAAAGGGAUUACAAGAGGGAAAGAAAUAGAGUAUUGCAUUUUGGAAUUAUUGGAGGGAGAGAAAGGGAAAGAAUUGAAAAGAAAUGCUAGCAAAUGGAAGGAAUUGGCAAGGGAGGCAGUCAAUGAAGGUGGGACUUCUUAUAAAAAUAUUGAUGAAUUUGUGGCUAAAUUAGUCCAAUCUUGUUCUAACAAAUCAUGCAUGUGAAUUAGAAGAGUUCUCAUCUUUCCAAAAACCGUGAAAUGGCCACCCCGAUCAAAGUAACUUGGAAAAAGGCUGUUAAGGUGUCUGCCAAGUCUGAACAGAAUUUGGCAGAACAACAGUAGUUUACUUCUGUCAUUUUAUUGUACUUCUCUUACAGGAAUGCCUUAUUUAGCUUACCUCAUCUCUGCACUUUCUCAUUGUUCAUCUCUAAUUUUUAUGCUCAAUCUACUUGAAGGACAGGGCCCAAUAUAAAAUAAAGUUUGGAGGCGAAAUGCAAUUUUUAUUCUUUGAGAGUAAAAUAUAUAUACUUUUUAUA